CCCCACAAAUCAAAACACACGAAAAAAAAAACACUUACAUGUAUACAUACACAUACACAUAAAAGCAUGUCGUGUAAUAAAAUAUCAACGAGUAACAAACUCGUGGUGCAACUACUACUCGUAUUAUGGUUGGUUCACGCGUCCGAGUCGGCUCGGCCACCGUUCGCAUGCGAUCCGGCGAACGGGUUGACACGGACGCUCAGGUUCUGCCGAGUCAAUGUCCCGCUCCACCUCAGGGUCCAGGACUUGAUCGGACGGCUGACAUUGCAGGAGAAGAUCCGGCUGCUCGUGAACAACGCCGCCGCCGUGCCACGGCUCGGCAUCGGAGGAUACGAGUGGUGGUCCGAGGCUCUACACGGCGUCUCCGACGUGGGCCCCGGCGUUAGGUUCGGCGGUCAAUUUCCCGGCGCCACCAGUUUCCCUCAGGUCAUCACCACCGCCGCCUCUUUCAACCAGUCCUUAUGGGAAGAGAUUGGACGGGUUGUGUCGGAUGAGGCGAGAGCAAUGUACAACGGGGGAAUGGCCGGCCUGAGCUAUUGGAGCCCUAACGUGAACAUAUUCCGAGACCCACGGUGGGGCCGCGGCCAAGAGACUCCCGGAGAAGAUCCGGUCGUCGCCGGAAAAUAUGCGGCGAGUUAUGUCCGAGGACUUCAGGGCAAUGCUGUCGGAAACCGACUCAAAGUCGCCGCCUGUUGCAAACAUUACACCGCUUACGAUCUCGAUAACUGGAAUGGCGUCGAUCGUUUUCAUUUUAACGCUAAGGUAACAAAACAAGACCUAGAGGAUACGUACAACGUGCCAUUCAAGGCGUGCGUGGCGGAGGGCAGAGUCGCGAGUGUAAUGUGUUCGUACAAUCAAGUCAACGGAAAACCCACUUGUGCCGACCAAGACCUCCUCAAGAACACCAUCCGUGGCCAAUGGCGUCUCAACGGGUACAUUGUCUCGGAUUGCGAUUCCGUCGACGUUUUCUUCAAUAAACAACACUAUACUUCUACCCCGGAGGAAGCCGCCGCCGCCUCCAUCAAAGCCGGUCUUGAUUUAGACUGUGGACCGUUUUUGGCGAUAUUCACGGAAGGAGCGGUGAAAAGGGGACUGUUAACGGUGAACGAUGUGGAUUUAGCGUUGGCCAACACAAUGACCGUCCAAAUGAGGCUUGGAAUGUUCGACGGUAAUAAUGGACCGUACGCUAACCUUGGUCCUAGAGAUGUCUGCACCACGGCCCACCAGAACCUAGCCCUCGAGGCCGCCCACCAGGGCAUCGUUCUCCUUAAAAACUCCGGCCGCUCGCUUCCGUUGUCCCGCACUCGCCACCGCACCGUCGCCGUUAUCGGACCCAACUCCGAUGUUACGGUUACCAUGAUCGGAAACUAUGCAGGAAAGGCGUGUGCUUACACCUCACCACUACAAGGCAUUUCGAGAUACGCAAGAACAAUUCACCAAGCAGGUUGCUCCGGCGUGGCGUGCACCGACGCCGGCCAAAUCGGAGCCGCGGAGGCGGCGGCGCGUCAGGCCGACGCGACGGUGCUAGUGAUGGGACUCGACCAGUCCAUAGAGGCUGAGACAGUGGACCGGACCGGUCUUCUCUUGCCAGGCCACCAACAAGAGCUCAUCUCUCGCGUGGCUCGGGCCUCACGAGGCCCAACUAUUUUGGUCUUAAUGAGUGGUGGGCCCAUUGACAUCUCCUUCGCUAAGAAUGAUCCACGUGUCGGGGCUAUUAUUUGGGCCGGGUAUCCGGGUCAAGCAGGUGGAGCCGCCAUUGCUGACGUCAUCUUUGGCACGGCAAAUCCAGGAGGAAAGCUACCGAUGACGUGGUAUCCACAAAAUUUCGUGGCAAAAGUGCCAAUGACGAAUAUGGCCCUGAGGCCAUCACUAAAUUACCCCGGAAGGACUUAUAGGUUUUACAAAGGCCCAGUUGUGUACCCGUUUGGUUUCGGGCUAAGUUACACAACUUUCACUCACUCCUUCGCCCAAAACCCACAAACACAAUUCUCAGUACCCCUCAUUUCCACCUAUAUUCUCAAUUCUGCCACUCUCAACUCUUCUUCCCACUCCAUCAAAGCGUCUCACGCCGACUGCGGUAAAAUGACCAUUUUGCCCUUUCACGUCGAGGUGGCUAACACCGGGGAAUUCGACGGGACUCAUACCAUGUUCGUAUUUGCCGAACCUCCGGAGAAUUCCAAAGGGUCGGGUUUGAUCAAACAGCUUGUUGGGUUCGAAAAGGUUCACGUCUCGGCAGGGGCAAAACGGGUAAUUCGGGUUGAUGUUCAUGCUUGCAAGCAUCUUGGUGUCGUGGACGAGUACGGGAAGAGAAGGAUUCCGUUCGGUGAGCAUAAAUUGCACAUUGGUGACAUCAAACAUUCUAUUUUGGUCAAACCAAGCAUUGGAGGGAAUUAAAUUAAAAUGUUUAUAAAAAAAAAGUCACAAGGUAAUAUAUUAGGGAAACCUCUUAACAGAGUGGAGGGUUCCCUUCUCAUAUAUGGAAAAUGAGGAUUAGGUUCGUCUUUAUGGGAUUUUUAACAAAAAUUAAGGUUUGAUUUCAUAUAUAAAUGUACAAGUACCAAAGGGUGGCUUGUAGAUUGUUUCAUAUAUUACUAUGAUAUUGUAAUUCGUGGCUCCAAAAACGGAGGAGCUCUUGUAAUAUUUGAUACUGUGAGAAUAUGAAAAAGAAUAAUGAAUCGUAUUUGCUUUCA